AAUGACCAAUAGGAGUGGACGUGACAUUGAGUUGCCCCACAUCAUUCCACAGCGGAUUUUCCAUCUUGAACCCUGUACCGCAUGUACAUUCAUACAUUCAUACAUUUUACACCUUUGCAUCAACAAAUCCCAAACGCAGUAGGUCUUAGGAGAGAGCAAUUGCGAUACCCAACCCUCCUCUCCGAAAUGGCAACCUCUUCUCUAAUAUCGUCGCUUCGGGCGCUGUCCCUUCGCGCGACACGGAUACCGAUAGCCCGACAAAUUCUGCGAGAACAUCAGCCCACUCGUAGCAUCUCCCAAGCAGCUCUAGCCCCUCGAUCGGCGGCAAGACCUACGCCGACUAUAACGAACGCAACGAGGACGAUCCAAGCCGUUACGCAGCAGCAGACGAGAGGCAUGAAGGUUCAUAGUUCAGUCAAGAAGCGGUGCGAACACUGCAAGGUCGUGAGAAGAAAGGCUGGCAAGCGACAUCGUGGUUAUCUGUAUAUCAUCUGCAGCGCAAACCCGAGACAUAAGCAACGACAAGGAUAAAGAAAUCGAGAGACAAUCCUAUAAAUGGGCCAAAAAAAAUACAAUACUUCGGGGUGUUCUGAAUUCCAGACUUGUUAUUGGCGAUUCGCGGCGUGUACGAUACAGUGUUCUAGAUGGACUAGGGAGUAUACCAUUAUAAAACCAGCGCCGAAUCGGAACCUAGACUGGCCAACACUAGCCACGACCUUUGGUGUCUAUAUAACAGGGAGGCUGCCAUUAAACACAUCUACGUAUUAUGACGUUACAUACCCCCAAUAUACCUCUCCAUGCCCUCCCAUUCCGUCUUGCCGGUCGAUAAGAGAUAGCGUAUAUGAUUUAUAUCCGUGACAUUGCGAUGCCGCUCAAACUCUCUGCGCGCAAAAUUGCGUGUCUCGGCGCGGGUAGUCGGGUCACUAAUUUGUCUCGUACCGCGGAUUAUACUGCGAUAGAGGGAUAGGGCGCGUGAACGUAAGAGGAACUAUGCAGACAUUCAUUAGCUUUUAAGUCAAGAUGGAAAUACAUAGAGAUUCAAGAGAAUAAGAAUGGACAUACAUGAUCCAGACUCAGGGCUGCACCUAGCCGGCCCUUUGGUGAGCUAGUUGCAUAGUCUCGGACGACAAUGGCAGAGCGGAAACUCGAUCUACCUUGAAUGAGGCGCAUGAGAAGGGAGGUUACUGAUAAUCGAGAGUUGAUACGAAAU